ACGUUGACGCGAUCGCCAGCAAAAAAUAAAGCCAGCUGCCAAAAUCGCAGUCAGCAAGUACAAGUCGCGCAUGAGAAAUAUAUUUAAACGGGUUAAUCCAAUACACGGUCGCAAAUCGAACGCUCUUAAUUUUGUACAUUUUUUUGUUUCGGUCGCUUGCAAUUUGCUGAACGUAAAAUACUGCAGCAAGUGAAUUUCUGAAUUUCGGAAUAUCUGUGUGGUGGAGUUUUGUUGUUGUCGUGAUUUGCAUAAUCGGCAAGUUAAUAAACAAUGCAAAGAAGUGGGCAAAACUCAUAAAUAAAGUGUACCGCUUAAGGUGUAAUUAAAAUUCAUUGAGAUUUUUUCGUGCGCACAGCAAGGAGAAAACAAGUUUGUUGCCUAAGUUAUUUGUUUUGAAUUUCAAAAAUUCAGAAAACAUUUAAUAAUAAAUAUUAAAAAAAAACAAGCUAGAAAGCUUUAUUAAGUCCAGACCACGUCGACAAGAAGUUUCACAAAAGACUUUUAUGCUGACAACUGAGGAUAGCUAAGAUAAUAUCAAUCGAAAUGAUUUUGAGAACGCAACUCUGGCUGGGAGUGCUCCUGGCGGCGUUGCUUCUUAGCCCCAUAGUUUCUGGAGAGGAUGAGGACUAUGGCGGCGAAAUGAUUGGCUCUAGCCUGGGAGGCAACGAUGAGAUCUACGACCCUGCUCAACUGGAGGCCGAGGUAGAAAAAGAGAUGGAGCAGCAUCGCAAUAGCUUGGAGGAGGACCAAACCGAAAGUGCCCAGGUCAUGGAGAUGGAAAUGAGCACGAUGAGGCCCAUGGAGAGCAGGAUGAGCACCAUGGCUCCGUAUUCCGGGGAAAACUCAUCCGCCGAAAUGAUGGAUGAUGCUUCAACACAGAAACAUGUGUCAAAGGUGGACAAACCCGCACGCGAUUAUUAUUACGAAGACGCGCCUGAGGAUGAGAUGGUGGCCAGCACCACAGCAAAAGUGGUCACCACCAUGAUACCGGAAUAUGUGCGUCAAGCCAAGGCAGAGAGAUUCCCGCAGCGAGAUCAGGAGCACACUGCAUCCGACUACAUCGAGGAGGAGGCCACCAAGUCGGCAGAUGAGCAGCCUCCAGCCGAUCAGUUCUACCGAGUUGAGCAACACGAACCCAUUCCCCAGGCUCAAGUCCAACAGCUGCCCAGUCGGGACAAGCCCAAACCGUUUGAGUACUCCUCCGAGGAUGACUACUACGACGAGCAUGCAGAAGUCAAGACGACCACAACAACCACUACCACACAGGCACCUUUGCCCAUACUGAGGGCUCGUUUUGGCGGGUUUCCCUGGGCCACCACCACGGCACCCACUCAGGCACCUGCCACCAGUUCAACAACCUCAACGACAACUACUUCAACCACAACCACGACCACCACAUCAACCACAACAACGCCCAGUCCCAGAAAACAGCCCAAGCACAUCCAAGUGACCGGUGGCCUAAAGCCGGAAUUGCUGCCCGCUGAUCAGCUGCGCAACUACAUCAAGGAUGUGUACAUUCGCAUGCCCCUGGCGGUGAUUGUGGAUCCUUCAUCCGCUUCCUUGGAGCAGGCAAAGCGUCUCUAUAUCGAUGCUUUGCAGGACAAGAACAUCGAUAUCAAGAUCGUUUUGGUAACACUUAAUGCAGCCGGUGCUCCCUCUGCCUUCAGCUUCAACAACACCCGGGAGUUCAUCGCUGGCUUGAAUAGCACCAAGGAGCACGAGGGCGGCAACUCGUUUGUGGGCGUGUUGCAUGCCGCCGAGCUGGUUCCCUACGACAGUGCUGUUUUCAUCUCGACCGCAGUCAUCCCACCGCACACGGAACUGGUCCAAGAUGCGGCCAUCACUCUGCUGAAGAAGAGGAUCAGGUUAUUCCUUUUGUGGUACGGAGAGCGAUCGGGCAGCGAAAACGAAACGGAGGACGCAGUGGGCGGCAUUCUGGGUGAGGUAGCCAUCCGAUCUGGUGGCGAGAUCAUCCACAUUGUGAGCACCGAGCACGGACAGCAUAUAGCUGGCAAUACGCUCACCCUAGUAGCGGACGCGUAUCAGGGCAGUCAAGAGCUGGAUCUGCCGGUAGACACGACGCUGUCCAGUCUCCAUGUGCGAAUCGAUGCGAAUAUGAGGCGGGCCACGAUGGAGACGCCGAAUGGUGAGAUAAAUUUGAAGAAACUAGCGAAAUUCGGUGGAGUUAAUGUCACCGAAACGUCAAAUAUCCAAGAACUCGAUGCUUACGUACCGCUAAACAAGCUGCGACGCGCGUCGAUUUUCAAACUGAAGUUACAGCCCGAGCUGCAUGAGAAGUACAAUGUGUUUGUGCGCGCCGAAAGAAAAGCGGAUGUGUUUCUGGGCGACAUCAUUAAACGCAUCGACAGCUACUACAAGACCGGGCAAACAAAGGCCAAGUCGGCCAAAAUCCAGUUUCCCGACAAGGAGAAGGACACCGAAAAGCUAGAGGAAGAUGUGGACUCCCCGAAGAACGAUAUCGAAACCUUUUCGGAGAAGGAAAUCCAGAGUUCUCCAAAUCUAAACCAAACGUUAUUGGCUUCCAGCACAGGACAGCCGAGAAGCACCCUAAAUGCCAUGCUCCUCCAGCGAUGUGGCACAAAAAUUGAGUUGGGCACAGAAUCGAAGCUGCUGGUGAUGGCUGGUCAGACAGCUACGCUGCUCUUUGAGGUCACUAACAUGAAAACGGAAACAGUUUACUCCACCAUUCAGGUCACUGACGAACGGCGCUUCCUGGUUCAAUUGAAUCCUACCAGAUUAAGCCUGCGCGCCCUGGAGACGGCCACAGUGCGUCUGAUUGUUCUGGUGCCCACUGGCACUGCUCAGGGCACCACCGACCGGAUUACCUUCACCAAUUAUGGUCGCGAAACAUCUACUCUGGCGGUAAAUCUGAAAGUGGUCACCAGCAUAGAUGCUCAGGACUCAACUGGACCCACACUGUCCUGGGAGUUUGGCAGCCGCUGUGAUUACCUGACGCCCGAGUCCCUGAACUGUGGCGAGCGUUUUUGGACUGUGGAUGUAACCGCUCAGGAUUGGCAGUCGGGCAUGAUGCGUUUGCAGGCCACGCCGCCAGAGGGUCUUUUCUACAGGAACUAUUAUACUGCUGGUAGCACAGAGCCCCUGAAGGCAACCUACAUGGCCUCUUGCUGCGAACCAAAGGUAUCAUUCGUCGCUUUUGAUGCGGCCGGGAAUCAGAGGAGCCUUACUAUCGAUGUCAGAGAUGUGUAUUUAAACGAGGCCGCCAUUGCAGCCAUUUGUCUUGGAGUCAUUCUGCUGAUCCUGCUUAUCGCAGCCCUCAUAUGGAGCAUUGUGUGGUGUUGCAGGCGGAGGAAGACGACGCUGGAGCUGCCUACAUAUAGAUCCCACUCCACUAGGAGCAUGGAGUAGAUUGUUAUGUUAUUGUGCCAAGUUAGAACAGAUGGGAACUCGAAGGAGUCAAAUAAA